AUGAGAACUGCCCCUGCCAAUCAAAGCACUCCAGCUACAACUACUGUCAAUGAUGGCAAUGAUCUAAGCCCUGAUCUUGCAGAAUACCUUCAAAAUCAAGGCGACACCCCUGCACUGAGCAGAGUCCUUCAAGAAUUCCGUGAACGCGUCAAAUACCUUCAAAAACCAGGUCUUCUCAAAUCAACAUCUGAUUAUCCCAUUUGGAAGGAAGAGAUUCUGCUUGUCAUCAAGCAAUCUCACACAGAAGAUCUCCUGAAUGCAACUACAAAACCCUUGGAGAAUGCCUCUAAGGAUAUGAAAUGAUUCUGGGAGGAAUGCAACUCCUGGCUAUACAAUUUUGUAUGAUCUUCUGUUUCUAUUGAAGCCAAA